ACUCGUUUGGACAUAGCUUAGUGAUAUGUCUUUAUACCCUUCUCUCGAAGAGUUAAAAGUACAGCAUAUUAUUGACAGUCAAAGCAAUGGACCUUCAAAUGCGCACCCUGACUGUCAAAGACCAAUGUCACAAAUAAACCCCGCUCUAUCUGGAAAUUGCAAUAUGGAUAAUAAUAUGUCUUCUUACAACAUUGGUGGUAGACCUGUUACCUGUGGAUCUACAAUAUCUGGAAUUUUUCCUCAAUCCGGUAUGGGCUGUGGGGUCAAUUCAAUGUCAAUUGCUCCUUUUACACCAAGCGGAGCGCUUUGUCUACCGCUUCCAGCACCAUUUGAUUGCGUAGAUAUAAAACCAGGAGUUAGACUUGUUACUCUUUGUAAAAAUGAAUUCGGUAAAGUCGGAAUUCAGCUUAAAGAAAUACAGAAAGGUAUAUUUAUUUCAUUUGUGGAAGGAUUUUCACCAGCUGCACUUGGCGGUGUGCGUUUCGGAGAUCAAGUCCUGGAAAUUAAUGAUAUUCUAGUUACAGGUUGUUCAGGGACAAGAUCAAUGGAAAUAUUGAAAAAUUCAACUCCUAACAACAUAAGACUUGUAUUACGUGAUCGAUAUGACAUGUCGUUGUGUUCACACAUUUACUCUUGUUUUGCCCAAUAUGAAUCAGUUUUAUGGUAGAUACAAUUUACUUCUCAAUAUAGUAUAAUUACAAAAUGUUUUUAAAAAUCCCAUUUGAUUACAAGUUAAAAUAUUAUUGAAAUACACAUCAUUCUGAAGAUUGUUAUGGAUUAUUUUGUCGAAUAACACAACUUUUAAUUCAUCAAGGGCUAAUGUAGAUCAAAAAGUGAAACAGAGCAAAGAAAUAAUUGUUUCGAACGAAUUUCCCUUGACAACUCUACACUAAUAUGUAAAUAUAAAAUAUAUACAUCUGGUAGUGCUUUGCUGCGUAAACUUGACUUCUGUAUUCAUAUGAAAUUUAUACACUCUUUUAAUCUUAAUUAUCAUAAUAGUCAAUAUUCGAGUGAGUUAUGAAUGAAUGGAUUAAACAACUUUAUUUUCUUGAUUUUGUUUUCAUAAUUUCUGUUCUCUUUCUGUUGAUGAGUUGUAAUAUUCACUUUAUUUAUUGCUCAAUUGUUGUUUAUAUCCAAUUUCUAAUCAGUCACACUCCACCUUCUUCAUUUUUGGGCAAUAAUGUAUUACUAUCUGCCCUUACCACAGUUAAAGUGUAGUUAUAGACCAUACUCAGGAACUUGGUGAAUGAGCUGAUUUAUUAUUAAUAUAGAUGAACCGACCAAUGGUAAAAUAUUUAGUGAUGCAGAUGCAAUGAGUAUUUGUAAAUUUCACUUGUCAUUUAGUUACUAUAUAAUCAUGUUUUCUAUGUUCUACUUUUGUUUUUAAAUAUGAAAAUACCACACCAUUUUCUAAGUCUCAACUAUUUAUUUUGUAUUAAUUUUCACUUCUUAUUCCAUUUUUUCUCUUCAAUAUUUAUAGUUAAUUCUACUUAAUUGUGUAAUUACAUAAAUCUUGACAAAUUACAUUGUAGCACAAAAAAAUAUGCCAAAUUUUCAUUUGUAUUAUUCUACCUGUUAACUUUGGUUCUUAAACUAAUCGAUUAACAAUUCACUUGGUAUUGUUUUUACUUGAAUCUUCCCACUGAUGUUUAGGACUGCAAUUGAUCAAUUGCUUAUUGGCACAUGUGCAUACUGUGCGUAUUGCUUCGGUAUUGUCUUAAUUUACAAGCAGUAGCUAAGUGGAUAACGCGAU